AUGAAAUUUACAGGAUCUCCAAUCAAAUUAAAGGUGUCCCAGGGCCAACCCGUGAAACUAAAUUGCAGCCUCGAGGGAACGGAAGAUCCUGAGAUGUUGUGGAUCAAGGACGGAGCAGUGGUGCAAAGCGUAGACCAGGUGUACAUUCCAGUAGAUGAAGAACACUGGAUCGGCUUCCUCAGCUUGAAAUCCGUCGAGCGGACAGAUUCUGGGAAGUACUGGUGCCAGGUUGAGAACGGGGGGAAGAAGGAAGAAUCACAGCAAGUGUGGCUCAUAGUGGAAGGUGUGCCCUACUUUACUGUGGAACCCGAGGAUGUGUCCGUGUCCCCUAAUGCCCCAUUUCAUAUGGCCUGUGCUGCUGUUGGUCCCCCUGAACCAGUGACAAUUGUCUGGUGGAUGGGAGACUCUAGAGUGGGGCUUCCAGACAUCUCCCCCUCCAUCUUAAAUGUGUCAGGUAUUAAUCAAAGCACAGUUUUCUCCUGCGAAGCUCACAACAUUAAGGGAUUGUCUUCAUCUCGGACAGCCACUGUUCAAAUUAAAGCCAUGCCUCUCCAGCCUCUCAAUGUAACUGUAAGCCAAGUCACCAGCAGCAAUGCCAGUGUGGUCUGGGUGCCAGGAUUUGAUGGCCGUGCACCCCUCCAUUCUUGCACUCUUCAGGUAGCUGAGUCACCAGACGGCCAGGAGGUCUCCACUGAAGUCACCCCAGUGCCACCCUUUGCCUAUGGAGUGCAAGGCCUGAAGCAUUCCACCAACUACAGUGUUCGUGUGCAGUGCAGCAAUGAGAUGGGCAGCUCCCCUUUCACCGACAGGGUUUAUUUCCAGACCCUGGAGCUUGCUCCAAGCAGCACCCCCCAAAAUAUCCAUGUUACUCAAAGAGAUCCUGGUCUGAUACUGGAAUGGGAAGGCGUGGCUCCAGAUGUGCUCAAAGAAAAUGUCCUGGGAUACAGGCUGGAGUGGAUUCAGGAUAAUGUAACUCAGGGCGAGAUGAUCGUACAGGAUACAAAAGCUAAUCUCACAACAUGGAACCCUCUCAAAGACCUGAUCAUCAGGGUGUGUGUGCUGAACACUGCAGGAUGCGGGCCCUGGAGUGACCUCUUUCUGCUUGAAGCCCAAGAGGUCAUGGGUGGCCAGAGACAACCUCCUUAUGGAACAUCCUGGGUUCCUGUGGCAUUGGGCAUUCUCACAGCUCUGGUCACAGCUGUUGCCCUGGCUCUUAUUCUCCUUAGGAAAAGAAGAAAGGAAACUCGGUUUGGCCAUGCCUUUGGCAGUGUGGUUGGCAGAGGGGAUCCAGCAGUCCAUUUCAGAGCUGCCAGGUCUUUCAACAGGGAGGGUCCAGAGCUCAUUGAAGCAACGUUGGAGAGUGUAGGGAUCAGCGAUGAGCUGAAGACGAAACUCAAAGAUGUCCUAAUCCAGGAACAGCAGUUCACCUUGGGAAGAAUGUUGGGCAAGGGGGAGUUUGGGUCAGUUCGAGAGGCACUACUGAAGCUAGAUGAUGGCUCUUUCCAGAAAGUGGCAGUGAAGAUGCUGAAAGCGGAUAUCUUCACCUCGACCGACAUUGAGGAGUUCCUGCGAGAGGCUGCAUGUAUGAAGGAGUUUGACCACCCGCAUGUCACUAAACUAAUUGGAGUCAGUCUGCGGAGCCGUCCCAAGGGCCGUCUCCCAAUUCCCAUGGUGAUCCUGCCCUUCAUGAAGCACGGAGACCUUCAUGCUUUUCUACUGAUGUCACGGAUUGGGGAAAACCCUUUUAACUUGCCUGUUCAGACACUCCUCAAGUUCAUGAUUGAUAUUGCCAGUGGGAUGGAGUACUUGAGCUCAAAAAAUUUCAUACACAGGGACCUCGCAGCUCGGAAUUGCAUGUUGGAUGAGAACAUGAAUGUGAGUGUUGCAGACUUUGGGCUUUCUAAGAAGAUCUACAGUGGAGACUACUACCGUCAGGGCUGUGCCUCCAAGCUGCCAGUGAAGUGGCUUGCUCUGGAAAGUCUGGCAGAUAAUCUGUACACAACACACAGUGAUGUGUGGGCGUUCGGGGUGACCAUGUGGGAGAUUGUAACCCGAGGGCAAACCCCUUAUGCUGGCAUUGAGAAUGCAGAAAUCUACAACUACCUCAUCAGUGGGAACAGGCUCAAGCAGCCGCCGGAGUGCCUGGAAGAUGUCUACGAUCUCAUGUGCAGAUGUUGGCAUCCUGAGCCCAAGCUACGCCCCAGCUUUGGAGUGCUCCGGUCCCAGCUGGAAAUGAUUCGGGGGAGGAUGUCCAUACUCUCUUCCAGUCAAGAUCCUCUCUAUGUCAACAUUGGGAAGGACAAAGAGGCGUCUGCAAGUGACCCUGCCCUGCAUGCCUCCUUUGGGAACACGGACGGUGAAGAGACCAUUGCUGGGGCAGCUGCUGCUGUCACAAGUGACUAUCGCUACAUCAUGAGCCCCUUGUGCCUUGGAGACGAUGCCGAGGGUGAAAGGCAUCCAGAUGGGCAGGAAGGAGAGGACAAAAGCCUUCUGUAUGAGCUGGAGACAGAGGGAGAGAAAAGUUGUUAGCCUGUACAUAGCAGUGACACUGCUUCCCUGGGGCGGGAUGUGGUGCUGUGUUACCUGGGGCUCUGAUGCCAGAUCUGGAAUGGCUUUGAACAGCAGUGGCCAGAGUUCUUGG